CCUGCCCCGGCCGGCGGCAGCGGCGCGGCCCGCGGCACGUCUGCGCGGCGGCGGCGGCGGCUGCGGCGGGGCCGUGCGUGCGGCGGCGGGGCGGGGAGGCGCCCGGCUCCUGCAGCCCGCCCCGGCGCGGCGCGGCGCGGCGCGGGGGAGGCGGCGGCUGCCUCCAUGCUGCAGCGAGCGGCGCGGCUGCCCGGGGCCGGGGCCGGGGCCGGGCGGCAGCCGGCGGCGCGGAGGAUGGGCGCAGCGGCGGCCGCGCAGGGCCGAGCCGCGGCCGCCCAGCAGCCAGCCCUGCCCCGCCGCAGCGCCCGCCGCCGCGGCGGCUCCGCCUGAGCGCGCGGAGCGGAGCGGGGCGCGGCGCCGCAUGGCCCUGCCGCCCGCCGCUCCGCGCUAGCUGCCCGCGAGCCGCCGGCACUGCCGCGGCCGCCCGUCCCCGCGGCGGCGGCGGCGGCGGCGGCGGAGGCAGCGCGCCCGGCGCGCAGGAUUACGGCGGGGCGCGGAGCGGGAGCGCGGCGAGGAGCGCGGCUCGGCGAGGAUUAACCUGGCGCAGGCUCUUGAACCUGAUCUACAAUGGAAAAACUGCUUUUGUUUCUGCUGUUCAUUGGCAUAGCAGUGAGAGCCCAGAUCUGCCCAAAGCGCUGUGUCUGUCAGAUUUUGUCUCCGAAUCUUGCGACCCUUUGUGCCAAGAAAGGGCUCUUAUUUGUUCCACCAAACAUUGACAGGAGGACUGUGGAGUUACGGCUGGCAGACAACUUUGUUACAAAUAUUAAAAGGAAAGACUUUGCCAACAUGACCAGCCUUGUGGACCUGACGUUAUCCAGGAAUACAAUAAGUUUUAUUACACCUCACGCAUUUGCUGACUUGCGCAAUUUGCGGGCUUUGCAUUUGAACAGCAACCGAUUGACUAAGAUCACCAAUGACAUGUUUAGCGGACUCUCCAACCUUCAUCACUUGAUACUUAACAACAACCAGCUGACUUUAAUUUCUUCCACAGCUUUCGAUGAUGUUUUAGCUCUCGAGGAAUUGGAUUUGUCUUAUAACAAUCUAGAAACCAUCCCUUGGGAUGCCGUGGAGAAGAUGGUUAGUUUGCACACUCUCAGUCUAGACCACAAUAUGAUUGACCAUAUUCCUAAAGGGACCUUCUCCCACCUGCACAAGAUGACCAGGUUAGACGUCACGUCUAACAAACUGCAGAAGCUACCACCUGAUCCUCUCUUUCAGCGAGCUCAGGUGUUAGCAACCUCAGGAAUUAUCAGCCCCUCUACUUUUGCAUUGAGCUUUGGUGGAAACCCUUUGCAUUGCAACUGCGAGCUUUUGUGGCUGAGGCGGCUUUCCAGAGAGGAUGACCUGGAGACCUGCGCUUCUCCUCCGCUCUUGUCUGGCCGGUACUUUUGGUCGAUCCCCGAGGAAGAGUUCCUGUGUGAGCCUCCGCUCAUCACCAGGCACACCCACGAGCUGAGGGUGCUGGAGGGCCAAAGGGCGACGCUGCGGUGUAAGGCCCGGGGGGAUCCAGAGCCAGCAAUUCACUGGAUUUCGCCGGAGGGCAAGCUUAUUUCAAAUGCAACGAGGUCCUUGGUGUUCGACAACGGAACGCUGGACAUCCUUAUAACGACCGUAAAGGAUACAGGUUCUUUCACCUGCAUUGCUUCCAAUCCGGCCGGGGAGGCCACGCAGACAGUGGACCUUCACAUAAUCAAGCUUCCUCAUUUGCUGAACAGUACUAAUCACAUCCACGAGCCCGACCCUGGCUCCUCGGAUAUCUCGACUUCCACCAAGUCAGGCUCUAAUGCGAGCAGUAGUAAUGGGGAUACUAAAGUCAGCCAAGAUAAGAAGGUAGUAGUGGCAGAAGCAACAUCGUCUACUGCUCUGCUGAAAUUUAAUUUUCAGAGGAAUAUACCUGGAAUACGUAUGUUCCAGAUCCAGUACAACGGUACUUACGAUGACUCGCUUGUUUACAGAAUGAUACCUCCCACGAGCAAGACCUUCCUGGUCAACAACCUGGCCGCGGGGACGGCGUACGACCUGUGCGUGCUGGCCAUCUACGACGACGGGAUCACCUCGCUCACCGCCACCCGCGUGGUGGGCUGCACGCAGUUCACCACCGAGCAGGACUACGUGCGCUGCCACUUCAUGCAGUCGCAGUUCCUGGGCGGGACCAUGAUCAUCAUCAUCGGGGGGAUUAUCGUGGCCUCGGUGCUCGUGUUCAUCAUCAUCCUCAUGAUCCGCUACAAGGUGUGUAACCACAACGGGCAGCAGAAGGCCACCAAGGUGAGCAACGUCUACUCGCAGACCAACGGGGCGCAGAUCCAGGGCUGCGGUGGGCCGCUGCCGCCCCGGUCGGCCUCCAAGCAGGCGGUGGGGCACGAGGAGAGCGUCCCGUGCUGCCGCGCGCCCGCCGAGGGGCCACUGCCGCCGUCGGACGCUUGCUGCAGCCCGGACCCCGGCGCCGCCGCCUCGCCCGCCGCCCGGACCUCCAGCGCGCCCGCCCCGCCGCCGCCGCCGCAGAAGCGCAAGCCGGGGCCGAAGCCCGGCAGCGAGCCGCCGAGCGAGGCGGUGGCCACUCUCGACUCCCAGAACACGAACAGGAACAACUCCACGGCUCUGCAGCUGGCGAGCCGCCCCGCGCGCGAGCGAGCGCAGCCCCAGCCAAGUAAGUGGCUCACGCUGCCGGCGGACCCCCGCCGGGCCGCGCGGCGCUGCUCGCUGAGCGGGGGGCCGACGGAGCCGCCCCGUCCCCGGCGCGCCACGCGCAGCCUCUCCAUGAGCGGGAUGCUCGACGGCGCCGAGAGCGGAAGCGCCGCCCUCCCCGGCGCGGAGUGGAUAUUGGAAAGCACCGUGUGACCGGCCUUUCCGGGCCCCGCCUUGACGGGAAAGCACGCACCCAGCGCCGCGCGGCUCCCGCUCCCGCUGCCGGGAGGCCGGACUCGGAGUCCCGCGCUUGUCUCGCUGGCUGAUGGGUCUCGCCGAGCCACCCGGUGCACGCGGGCUUUUAGUUCCUUUAAUUUUGGUUUAUUUAACAGCAAAACCGAAGGCAACGUUCAGAGAUUAAAAAAAAUAAAAAUGGGAAAAAAAUAAGGGGUGAAAAAAGCAUGAAAGAGCACCAGUGCCUUCCCUGCUCUAGGACUGGCUUCCUGGGUCUGCAGUAGCAGAAAACGAAAGAGCGUUUUCACAGAAAAAGCCUUUUAUAAAGGAAACGAGAUUUCCUCCAAGCUAACAAAUAACCACUUCUGGAUCGGUCGGUAAAACGAUAUUUUUUAAAGCGAUCAGACUGUGCGUUUCUUCUCAGUGACAAUGGUGUUGCCUUUGUUUUGAGGCAAAUGCUGUACAGAAACAACAACGCCGUGUUGUUAUGUUGUGUAAAAUAAAAUAUUCACUCCGUA